AUGUCUCCCCGCCCUACAGUUCUGCUCCUGGCAGCAGUCAGCAUAGUCUCUGCCCAGCUGCAGCUGACCAUUCUACACAACAACGACGUCCACUCGUAUUUCGACCCCGUGGAAGCCAGCACAGCUGCCUGCCGUGACCCCAACGACCCCGCGAGACCCUGUUACGGCGGCAUUGGGCGGCUCGUCAGCGCCGUCAAGGCAAUAAAGGAACAGACGCCCAAUACCUUGGUGCUGUACGGUGGCGACAUCUUCCAGGGUUACUUGUACUACACACUCUUCAAAUGGAGAGUGGUGGUGGACAUGAUGAAUUUAGUGCCGUACGAUGCCAUGGCGCUGGGAAAUCACGAAUUCGACGAUGGUCUGGACGGCCUCUUACCGUACCUGGAUGGGAUCAAUCAUCAGCAGCUCUGCACAAAUAUCGAUUUCGGUCCGCUGGCAUCGCCCACAACUGACAAGUGCCUCUCCAGUGUCGUGCGGGAGAUCGGAGGACACAAAGUCGGUGUCGUGGGCUUCACGACACCAGAGACGAGGGCCAUUUCCAACCCACCUCCCGCCAUCGAGUUCCUGGAUGAGGUCACGUCACUGCGCUCGGAGACAGCCAAGCUGAAGGCACAGGGUGUCAACAUCAUCAUUGCCGUGGGGCACUCCGGCUACGAACGGGAAAAGGAGAUGGCGGAACAGCUGGAAGAUGUGGAUGUCAUCAUCGGAGGUCACUCAAACUCGCUGCUUUACACGGGAGUGGCGCCGGACGGUGACCACGUUACCGGACCUUAUCCCACCGUGGUCCGUCAGCCCUCCGGCCGGUCUGUACUUGUCGUUCAGGCCUACAAGUACGGCAAGUACCUGGGGUUGCUGAACGUCACCUUUGACAGUAACGGAGAGGUGGCUGACUGGAGUGGGAACCCCAUACGACUGGAGGGGAAGCAGGAUCAUGAGGCGGAAGCUGUGCUGCAAGGGUAUAAGGAUCAGAUUUCGGAGUACGAGCGUGAAGUCAUUGGCACAACAUUGGUACAGCUCGCCUGCACUGAUGGCCGCAGCGAGUGUAGCCUGGGAAAUCUGAUCACUGAUUCGCUGGUGCGUGCACUGCUGGCGCCGUCUGCAGGUCAGUGGAGCCAGGUGUCUGCCGCCGUCAUCAACACGGGCGCAAUUCGCUCUCGGCUGGCGCCGGGGAACAUCACACUCUCCGACGUGCUCAACAUCCAGCCCUUCGGCAACACCAUCAGACUGGUGACCCUCUCCGGCGAGACGUUGCGGCAGAUGUUUGAACACUCUGCGCUUGGUGGAGGGGGUUUUCUGCAGGUGUCCGGUUUUCGAGUGACCUACAACAUGGACUGCCCCGUGGGAAUUCGUUUGCUACGCCUGGAAAUCGUCUGCACUGACUGUCUGGUGCCUCGUCUGGAGCCGGUGCGUGCCAGGGGUGAAAAAUUGUAUCGUUUUGUCGUUGUCGACGACAACCGAGAAGACGAUCUUAUGGCGACCACGCGCAGCGCCUGA